CGUCACACCCGUUGAUCUCCCAUCGAAUCCCAUUCUCGUCGACCCCGAGCGGCACAGCACCACGCAACCACCUCUCCUCUUAUCACCCCCAGCUAGCUAGCCGAUAUGUCUUCGGCUCCUCUCCUCGAGCGCGACGGCGAGGCCCCAGCUGCGCCUGCGCGGCGUCCAUGGCUGCGUCGCCUGAUCGACACGGAGGAGGCGUGGGCGCAGCUGCAGUUCGCGGUGCCCAUGGUGCUCACCAACAUGGCCUACUACGCCAUCCCGCUCGUCUCCGUCAUGUUCUCCGGCCACCUCGGCAACGUCCACCUCGCCGGCGCCACGCUCGCCAACUCAUGGGCUACCGUUACCGGAUACGCCUUCGUCACCGGCAUGAGCGGCGCCCUGGAGACGCUGUGCGGGCAGGCCUACGGCGCCCGUCUGUACCGCAUGCUGGGACUGUACCUGCAGUCGUCGCUCAUCAUGUCCGCCGUGGUGUCCGUGGUCAUCUCCGUCCUGUGGUGCUUCACGGAGCCGCUGCUCCUGCUCCUGCACCAGGAACCCGACGUGGCCCGCGCCGCGGCGGUGUUCGUCGCCCACCAGAUCCCGGGCCUCUUCGCCUACUCCUUCCUGCAGUGCCUGCUGCGGUACCUCCAGACGCAGUCCGUCGUGGUGCCGCUCGUGGUCUGCUCGAUGGUGCCCUUCUUGCUCCACGUCGGCCUCAACUACCUGCUUGUGAACGUCCUCGGCCUGGGCCUCGCCGGCGCCUCCUCCGCCAUCUCGGCCACGUUCUGGGUCUCGUGCCUCAUGCUGCUCGCCUACGUGGUUUGGUCCGACGAGUUCGGCGAGACGUGGAAGGGCUUCUCCGCCGACGCGUUUACGUACGUGCUGCCCACCAUCAAGCUCGCCAUGCCCUCCGCCAUCAUGGUCUGCUUGGAGUACUGGGCGAUUGAGUUCUUGGUUCUGCUCGCCGGCUUGCUGCCGAAUUCCACAGUGAGCACGUCGUUGAUUGCCAUGUGCGCGAGCACGCAGGCCAUUGCGUACAUGAUCACCUACGGGUUCAGUGCUGCUGUGAGCACCCGCGUGUCGAAUGAGGUCGGGGCAGGGAACGUGGACGGGGCGAAGAACGCGGUGGUGGUCACGAUGAAGCUGUCGGUGUUCCUGGCCCUCUCCUUCAUCCUUCUGCUGGCCUUCGGCCACAACCUCUGGGCGAACCUCUUCAGCAGCAGCGCAGUGAUCAUUGCAGAGUUCGCGACCAUCACGCCGCUCAUGAUGAUCUCCAUCGUGCUCGACUCCACGCAGGGCGUCCUGUCAGGGGUGGCCAGGGGCUGCGGGUGGCAGCAUCUGGCGGCCAUGACCAACCUGGUGGCGUUCUACGUCGUCGGGAUGCCGCUGGCCAUCCUCUUCGCCUUCAAACUGAACUUCUACACCAAGGGCUUGUGGGCUGGUAUGAUCUGCGGGCUUGCGUGCCAGGCCACCGCGCUGGUGGUGAUCACCAUCCGCACGAAAUGGUCCAAGAUGGUGGACGCGAUGCAGCUACAGAAGGCCAGCUACGUGGCUUGAUCGAUACAUACGUGCUUCCUGUGUUAGUUCAAGAUGUAAUUCGCGAUCAGAGGGUGGCUGUGCGCCUGUGUAGCAACGUUGGGUUUUUGUGAGAUGGCCGGAGCGUGGGUUGAUAUUUUUUUUGAUCGGGGUUGAUUAAUUGAACUGAUGUUAAGCAUUGUCGAUCGCAGUGAGUUUUGACUCGGCUCUCUC